AUGGACCGCUGUUCCUUGUUCUUGGGACCGCCCGCUGGUGCCUUGGAGCGCGGUUCACUAGUCAUGGAUUAUUAUGGAUACGUUCGGUGGUAUACUAGUAAUCUCGCGCUGAAAGGACCAGUCUCUUCCCGUCGUCUCCAUUUCGGGAAGGUCAAGGUGUCGGUCGUGUGCAGCGGUCCCAGUUCAUCUCACCCAAGGCCCGUAGCUCCACCAGCCAAAAGUGGAGGACGAUCGGGAGGAAAGGCAGAGUUACAAUUGAAGGUACCAAGUCCUGGUUGCAGCAAAACCGGACCUUGA